GAGCGGUUGCCGGGCAACGCGGCGGCGUCGGGCCGAGGCCACGUGGUCCGCCCCGCCCCCUCCGCCCAGGACACCCGCCCUGCGCUCGGCCGCUUGACCUCUGACCCUUCCCCCAACGACAAGCCCUCCUGGACCUCGCUUUCCUCCUCCGGAUCCCGGCCAUGUCGGGGUCGGACGACGGCCUGGACUUCCAGGCGCUGGAGAGGGAGCUGCAGGCGGCGCUGGCCGCCGACGAAAAAUACCGGCGCGAGAACGCGGCCAAGUUCCGGGCGGUGCACCAGAAAGUGGCCAGCUACGAGGAGUUCAGGGACAUCGUCCUCGCCUCGCACCUGAGGCCCCUGGAGAGGAAGGACAAGACGGGCGGGCCGAGGACGGCCCCUUGGAACAGCCACGCGACCCGCGCCGGGCCCUCCCCGGAGCCGAGCCUGGAGCUCUCCCAGGAGGGAGCCUCCCCGCCCGAGACCUCGGCCGAAUUUCAGCGGGCCUGGCGACGCCACCUGAGGAGCGGGCCGGAGCGGUACCGGGCCCUGCUGGGGCUCGGCGGGGCCGGCCUGGGCCGCAUCUUCCGGGCCGACGUGGGCUUCGGCCUGCUGGGCGAGCUGCUGACGGCCCUGGCGGACCACGCCGAGCCCGGCGACCGCCCGGCCGUGCUGGACGUCCUGAGCGGCCUGGCCCGCGCCGGACGCUUCCGCCUCAACCUCGACCUGCUGAGCUGCCCCGAGAGGGAGAGCUGCCGCCGGCUCUUCCGCCGGCUCCGGGACGAGACCCCGACCGGGGAGGCCCCGGGUCAGGAUGACCGGGGGCUCCUCCGGGAGCUGCUCCGCCUCUACCGGGUCGACUGAAGGACUCGGGUCCCUCCGCUCCACCGCCCCGGCCCUGAGGGGCUCCAGCCGACCCGCCGGAGACCCUCGCGACCCCAGGAGGCCGGUCGGCGGGGGACGCGUCGGCCCGCGACCUCGACGAUGAGCCGGGGGCGGGGGGAAACCACUUGGCCUCGUCCCCCAGCCCAGCAAUAAACCACCGUUUCCCAAAUGGCUCCCCUAGUCCUCUUCCCGGAGCCCCUCGGGGGGCUUCCUUUUUCACAUGGAA